GUAAAUACUUGGCAAACUGCUUUGAAUCAAUUCAAUGCAUAUGGAAACUCUGAAUAUUGUUGAAAAAUCCGUCAAGGACGUAGAAGGUGAAAACAAAUUAGGGAUUAAAUAUCAUGAUUGGAUAAUUUGUACCUGUUCAAUUAUACAAUUCGUAAUUACUAUGGGAUUAUUAUUUAGUUAUAGUGAAAUUCUUAUCUUUAUUAAUGAAGAUUUUAAAACUAGUAUGGCUCUGCUAGACUUUAUAGGAUCUUUAGCUACGGCUUGGCCUAUGUUAUUAGCUCCGGUUGCUUUUUGGGUUGAUGAUAAAAUAGGAACUCCAAAAACUCUUCUAGUAGGCUUAACUGUAUCAACAAUUGGUUGUAUAGGAUCUAUAUUCGUUCCAAAUGCUGGUGUUUUAUUGUUAACUCAUGGAAUAAUAUUUGGAAUUGGUGCCACAUUUUUACUAAACCCACAAUACUCUGCUCUAAAUAGAUAUUUUCCAUAUUCUCAUCCAAGAAACGUUUUGGCUACGAGUAUCGUCACUUGUGCUUAUCCUAUAGUUGGUUGGAGAUGGACGUUUCUCGUAUUGGCUGUAAUUCUUGUAACAGUUGUCUUGUUAACAACUAUUCCGUUUAUGAAUCGUUUCUUCUGUUUGGAAGCUUACGAAGAGAUUAAGGAAGAGGAUGAAAUUGAAUUUGCACUCAGAACUAAAGUAAUACUUGGUGGAAUAUGGCUAUUUGCAUCUAUAACUAAAUCUAUGGCUUAUUAUACACCUAGUAUGAUUUUGGUUAAACAUAUGACGACUUUAGGUAUAAGUCAAUUAAAAGCUUCAAGGGGAAUGAUCUUAACUGCCGUUUUCGAGUUGAUAACUCGUUUUGUAACAUCAGCUUUGGGCGAUCGAGCUAAAGGCAGAUUUAUACCUAUAUACGCCUUUUGCUGCGCAUUUUUAUGCAUUAUAACUGGUCUUUGGUCGUUGGUAACUACUUUUGCGGGAACUAUGGUGUUCGGUGCUGUAAGCGGAGUAGCUGGAGGUCCAAUAUUAGCGGCCUUGCAUAGUACAAGCAGAGAAGUGUUAAAUGGGAAACAUUUGACUGCAAUGUUUAGUAUAGUGAGAAGUGGUAUUGGUAUUGGAAUUUUACUGGGACCUACUUUAGCAGGUUUGUUAAGCUUUACCAAUAGAAGAAGGUAUAAAUGUGAAAACUAA